AUGCUCAGCUAUCCGGAGCCAGAAAACCGAGGCAAAUAUCUUGCGUACUGGUUAUGCUACAGGAACAGUGGCAGCAUCCUAGGCGGUGUUAUUAACCUCGCCUUCAACUACGAAGGCAAGAGAACAGGGAAGCUGGAUUGGCGAACGUAUAUCGUGUUUGUGGUCUUGCAAUGUCUCGGGCCCCUUGUUGCCCUGCUCCUCUCCCCACCCGAUAAAGUCGUCCGACGGAACGGCACCCGGGUCCAGAUCGUUGAGCGUAUUUCUGACUCGGCUGAACUCAAAGAGCUGGGACGUCUCAUGCUACGAAAGGAGUUCCUCCUGGUCACGCCAUUCUUCAUCUACGUCAACUGGUUGCUACCUUACAGCAGCUCCUACCUGUCACUCUACUUCACCAUCCGCGCGCGAGCGCUGGCAUCCCUCGUAUCUGCGCUUGCCCAGAUCGCCGGUACCGCUGCGCUGGGAAGCUUCUUGGACUGGAAGCGUCUCUCGCUGACCACGCGCGCACGGGUUUCGUAUGCGUUUCUGAUGGCGCUUAUCGGUGUUUGCUGGAUUUGGGGCACUGUUGUCCAGGCCGAUUACGCCAGGCACAAGCCCUCCCUUGACUGGGAUGAUGCAGGUUUCGGUCGGGGAUGGGCGCUGUACAUCAUGUGGCAGGUCAACUUUGCACUGACUUACAACUUCGGAUACUGGCUGGUCGGAUGGAUGUCGCGUCAUCCUAGCGACAUCGUCAGAUACACGAGCGCUGCAAGAGCUCUCGAAAGCGCAGGCCAGUGCAUCAGCUCCGGCAUCAGCUCGACGAGUGCGCCUCUGACAGCAGCUUUGGGUGUCAACUUUGCUCUCUGGGCUAUUGCUGUUGUGCCAGCCUAUCUCGUUGUUCGACAAGUUGGGGUUCGACACGUUGGCGCGCAUUCGACACAGGAGAGGCCAUCAGAAGCAGUUGGUUCACAUAAAGGGCAGCAGGAUCAUGAUGGUAGCGACGAAAUUUAG